AUAGUGACAUCAGUGCUCUACUUGGGCAUUCUUUCCAUUUGUCAGAGGGAGGAAGGACAAGGAAGAGAAAGAAGGAAGAAGAUGAAGGGAAAAGGAAGAAAAGGAGGGGAGGAGGGGAUAUAUUGCCUCUAUUGUGUUUAUCAUCUGCCAUUCAGUGUUUAGCACAUACAUUAUUGCUUUCAGUCUUCAUAAGAACCUUUGGAAAUAGAUACCAUCCCCAUUUUAUAGUUGAGCAAACUGAGACUCAAAGAAGUUCUAGCCCCCUCUUAGAGUUCCACAGCUAGUACUAGAGAUAGUCCAAAGACUGUCUUUCCACCACUGCACAAAACUGAUUCAUUCCCAUGCUGUUCAUUAUGUCUGUGUAUUUUUUUAAACGAACAUUGCAAAAUUCACUUUAAUUUUUUUUUUUUUAUUUCUGUAAGAGAAACAGGUCAGGAGAACUAAAAAACAAACAAAACUCUGGCCCUGCACCAUGGUGUGUUGGUAGUAUCGACAUUCAGGGAAAAUGUAAAUACGUUUCUAGACUAAAGUGAAAGUAGAGAAUUAGAAGUCAAUAUCAAAACUAAAACAAAGCCACAUUUUGUGAAGCACACAUUAAUAGCAGUACAUUGGAUCAAAGGAUGUGAUCUCAUUUCAUAGUAAAACAGGUCCUGCAAGCCCAGGUAACUCAGGAAGCAGAAUGGUAAUUAUUCACAGAAGAAAGCAGGUAGUAUACUGUUACAAUACUACAGUAGAAAGUCAGAAGGUCACAAAGCUUGCAGGGUAACUGACACAAUUUGAAAUCGCUUGGCCCCCUUUAAAAAGAAAUAAUAAAAUGGGAGAGAAUGAAGCAAGUUUACCUAACACAUCUUUGCAAGGUUCUCAUUGAUGUCCUCCACUCUUUUCUCAAGUCCAGUAAAAAGAUGGCUUAUCAGAAGGUCAAUGCAGAUCAAAGAGCUCCAGGACAUUCACAGUAUUUAGACAAUGAUGACCUUCAAGCCACUGCCCUUGACUUAGAGUGGGACAUGGAAAAGGAGCUGGAGGAGCCUGGUUUUGACCAGUUCCAGCUAGAUAGUGCUGAGAAUCAGAACCUGGAGAAUCCAGAGACUGCAGACCUCAAUCUUGAUUCCAUUCAACCAGCAACUUCACCCAAAGGAAGGUUUCAGAGACUUCAAGAAGAGUCUGACUAUGUAACCCGUUAUACAAGAUCUGCACCAAAGAGCAACCCCUGCAAUUUUUGCCGCCUUUUAAAAAUACUUUGCACAGCCACCAUUUUAUUUAUUUUGGGGAUUUUGAUAGGCUAUUAUGCACAUAAAAAUUGCCCUUCAAAUGCUACAACUUCAGGAACGCUUGAUCUUCACUUAUACCAAGAGAUUCUCAAGACAAUCCAAGCAGAAGAUAUUAAGAAGUCUUUCAGAAAUUUGGUACAACUGUAUAAAAGUGAAGAUGACACAGAAAUUUCAAAGAAGAUUAAGAGUCACUGGACUUCCCUGGGCCUAGAAGAUGUACAGUUUGUAAAUUACUCUGUGUUGCUUAAUCUGCCAGGCCCUUCUGCCAGCUCUGUGUCUCUGAGCAGCAGUGGCCAAUGCUUUCAUCCUAAUGGCCAGCCUUGCAGCGAAGAAGCCAGAAAACACAGCAGCCAAGAUCUGCUUUACUCAUAUGCAGCCUAUUCUGCCAAAGGAACUCUCGAGGCUGAAGUCAUUGAUGUGAGUUAUGGAAAUGCAGAUGACUUAAAAAGGAUACAAAAAAUGAAAAAUACAACGAAUAAGAUUGCACUCCUGAAAUUAGGAAAAUUGCCAUUACUUUAUAAGCUUUCUUUAUUGGAAAAGGCUGGAUUUGGUGGUGUUCUUCUAUAUAUUGAUCCUUGUGAUUUACCAAAGACUGCAAAUCUUAGCUAUGAUACCUUCAUGGUGUCACUGAACCCAGGAGGAGACCCUUCUACGCCUGGUUAUCCAAGUGUGGAUGGAAGCUUUAGGCAAAACCGAUCAAACCUCACAUCCCUGCUGGUGCAGCCCAUUUCAGCAUCUCUCGUUGCAAAACUGAUCUCUUCACCAAACAGCAGAACCAAAAACAGUGUCUGUAGCCCUCUAGAACUGCCAAACAAUGAUCAGAGAAUUGUCAGCAUGCAAAUUCAGACAGUUACCAAAUUCAAAACAGUUACUAAUGUUGUUGGAUAUUUAAAGGGCUUGACAUCUCCAGAUCGGUAUAUCAUAGUUGGCAGCCGCCAUCACACUGCAUACAGUUAUUAUGGACAAGAAUGGGCCAGCAGCACUGCCAUAAUCACAGCUUUUAUCCGGGCCUUGAUGUUAAGAGUUAAGAGAGGGUGGAGACCAGACCGCACAAUUGUUUUCUGUUCAUGGGGAGGAACAGCUUUUGGCAAUAUUGGCUCAUAUGAAUGGGGAGAGGAUUUCAGGAAGGUUCUGCAGAGAAAUGUUGUGGCUUACAUUAGUCUCCAUAGUCCCAUAAGGGGUAACUCAAGUCUAUAUUCUGUAGCUUCACCAUCUCUUCAGCAACUGGUGGUAGAGAAAAAUAAUUUCAACUGCUCCAGAAGAGCUAAGUGUCAAGAAACCAAUGUCAGUUCUGUACAGAUAGAAGGUGAUGCUGAUUAUUUCAUCAACCAUCUUGGAAUUCCCACCGUGCAGUUUGCCUAUGAGGACAUCACAGCAUUAGAGGGUCCAAGUUUUCUCUCUGAGGCCCUUUUCCUUAAACGUGCAACAAAAAUUGAAGAAAUGGAUCCUUUUUUCCACCUUCAUGAAACCAUUACCAAGCUCUCGGGAGAAGUGAUUUUGCAAAUUGCCAAUGAACCAGUUCUGCCCUUUAAUGCUCUUGAUAUAGCUAUAGAAGUUCAAAACAGUCUUAAAGGUGAUCAACCCUACACUCAUCAACUGCUAGCCUUGGCGUCACGCCUGCGGGAGAGUGCUGAACUCUUCCAGUCAGAUGAGAUGCGUCCUGCUAAUGAUCCCAAGGAGAGAAUUCCAAUCCGUGUCCGAAUGCUGAAUGACAUACUCCAAGACAUGGAGAAAAGCUUCCUGGUAGAGCAAGUGCCACCAGGUUUUUAUAGAAAUAUCCUGUACCACCUUGAUGGAAAGACAAGCCAGUUUUCAAUACUCCUGGAGGCUUGGGAGCACUGCAAGUUACUUGCAUCAAAUGAGACCAUUCAGGAAGCCCUGUCAGAGGUGUUGAACAGCAUUAAUUCAGCUCAGGUUUACUUUAAAGCAGGACUUGAUGUGUUCGACAGUGUCUUGGUUGGAAAGAACUGAGAAAACUCUCAGCAUUUUAAGAAGUUUGUUUACAAUUCCUCAAGCAAAAGCUCUAACCUAACCAGAUUUUCUGACAUUGAAGACUUUCCCCCCAAUGACUUUUUUACAAUUCCAAAGCUAUUAUUACGUUGUAUUUUUAAAUGUACAUAUAAAAGAGCAUUUUGCACAUUUAAUAUUUUCUUAUAUCUACAUCUCUGAAUAUGUAAAAGCAAGUUAUUGAAAUAAUACCUAAGGUUUAUCUAUUAAAAAGAAAUCUGCUGUAUUUUUAUAUAUAUGAAAUAUUUGGGGGGCAAAGUUCCAAGAAGUUCUGGACAAUCUUCAAUUCUAGGGAUAAACCAUGUAGGAACAGGAGUUAUUCCCUAUGUUACAGCUAUUAAUGACCUAGUUUCUGUAAUAGAAAUGGAAAGUUGAUAUGGUUUCAGAUUAACUUCACUAAUAAGUAUUCAAUAUGAAGAAUUCAAGUAUUCCGACUGAAUGAUUGGUCGACCAAAACCACUUUGAAUGUUUCUAUUUUAUGAAAUGAAGUGCCUGUUCAUAAUACAACUAGAUGUAGUAAUACACUGGUUAUGAAAUUGUAUUUUUUUAAGUAUUAAUGAAAAAAAGAGCCAUAAACAUUCCAGGGGAAAAUCUCAAAGUAGCUGCACAGAGCAAUUUAAAUGCAAAUUUUUUCCUAACAACUUAUAAGGUGACUAGCUUUGAAACCCCUAAUUUGCCUCAGUUGAUUUUGUAAAAAUUACAGGAGUGAUAUAUGUCUUAUGAGGGAGAAAAUAUUUCUUAUUUCUUCUUCUGUGAAGCACUGAAACCUAGCUACUCUGAAAUGAAAGCAUUUUGCAUUGUUCUUCCUACCUGUAUCUCUUCUGAAACUCCUUCCUGGAAGGCAGUUUUAACAGAAUACCAUGUAAUUUCCACAGGAAAGUAGCGAAGUUUUCUUUGAAAACCCAAACUAUCUUAAAAAGCACCAAACUGCUGUUUCUGCCACUGACACAAAGGACUCACAAUGAAAGAAAUAGCUGUUUGAUCAAUGAAAAACUUCUUAAUUCUGUGAAGAAACUUUUGAUAUUUUUCCUUUUUUAUCCUUCAUUGUGACUAAGAUGCAAAAGUAGAAAAUAUUCAUGCUUCUAAUUUUAUGCAGAAAAUACAGUGUUACUACAAGAGUGUGUCAUUCCCACACUUCGAUUCUUCUCUCAUGUGGAAAAUGAAGUUUUUCAUGUUGACACUGUCAUGGAAUGGCCCUAGCAUCCACUAUUCCCCAAAAGCCUACAAUUCUUUCUAUUGGAUGACAGUUUAAACUGCGAGCUUCUCUUUAGAAAUGUUCUUCUGGUAUUGAAUAAAGCGAUGCCUCCUGGGAAGCAUAUCCUCAGCA